AUGCCUGGGUAUGCGAAAUUUAUGAAAGAUUUUGUGACCAAGAAGAGGGCCAUCAGUUUUGAGAAUGAUGAGAGGUUGAAAAAUUGCAGUACUAUUGCUACUAGGUCACUUGUGCAGAACAAAGAGGAUCCUGGAGCUUUCAUUAUUUCUUGUACCAUCGGUUUGUUGCACUUUGAAAAGGCUUUGUGUGAUAUUGGUGCCAGCAUCAAUUUGAUGUCAUUGCCGAUCUACAAAAAGUUGGGUUUAGGGGCUCCAAAACCAACUGCAAUGCGUCUACCUAUGGCCGAUAGAACUGUGAAGAAGCCCAUUGGUGUUCUCCAAGAUGUCCUUGUGAAAGUGGAGUCGUUCAUUUUUCUGGCGGAUUUUGUUAUACUUGAUUGUGAGGUUGAUUUUGAGGUUCCCAUCAUCUUAGGGAGACUAUUCCUUGCUACUGGGUCUAAGAAACAAGAAAGUGAUCUGAAGUCAGUAUCAGUGGUGAAUCAAAUUAUGGAGCGAGGUUCGAAAGUGUCUACUGAAGAAAGGUUGGGUGUUGAUGCACUGGCAGCGGUAGUGACGAAUUUUGAGGGUGAUGGUAGUGAAGACUAUGAUGAAUUAAUUGCCGCAUUUGAUAGGUUCAAAUUCCGUUCCAAACCAACAAAAUUGGAGCUAGAUAUGAAGAAUCGCGACUCUCCACCUGCAAAACCAUUUGUGGAAGAAGCUCCAAAAUUGGAAUUUAAGGCUCUACCAUCGGAUUUGAGGUAUGUAUUCUUGGGAAUAGAUGGCAAUUUACCGAUAAUCAUUGCGGAUUUGAGUGAGGUACAAGUAGAGACAUUGGUUUCUGUGUUGAAGAUGUUGAAGCGGGCUAUUGAAUGGACUAUUACAGACAUUAUUGGGUUUCCUCCUGGCAUUGUUCUCAUAAAAUCCAACUCAUGCCGGACAACAAGACAAAUAUUGAGCACCAAAUAA